AUGUUAAACAAUCACAAGCUUGCCUGCUUCCUUGUCUUGGGCUGCUUAGUUACCGGAAGUAUCUCAAACGGUGAUAUUCAUAGUCGCGCCGGCGACGUGGAUGUCGGAAAGCCAAAUAACGAUGCUGGAACAUCUUCACUCGAAUUGGGCGGCCGACUGGCACUUGUAACUGGUGCGGCCAGUGGCAUCGGGCGGAGUGUUGCUAUGGUACUCGCUCGGGAAAAUGUCACCGUAAUCGUUGCUGAUAUCAACAAAACCGGAGGAGACCAAACCGUCGAUAUGCUUCCAAACAAACACCUUAACCACACGGCCAUGUACGUGGAUGUUCGAAAUUCGACUUCAGUUAAAGAUCUCGUCGAAUGCAUCGAAACUACACACGAAACGAACAUCAGUAUUGUGGUCAACAGUGCUGGGAUUCUGCAUCAUAUAACACCACUCGUAAAUCUAAGUGAAGCGAUAUUCGACGAUGUAAUCAGCACCAACCUAAAGUCCACGUUCCUCAUUACACGGGGAGCGGUCAAGUCCAUGGUGGCUCAAAACGGGAGCAAGGGCGCCAUUGUGAACAUCGCGAGCAUCAACGGCAGGGAUGGAGUUUCCGCUUACGCGGCUUCAAAGGGCGCAGUUCUGGCCUUCACCAAGUCUCUGACUUUGGAGCUGUCGACCAAGGGAAUACGGGUUAACGCGAUCCCACCCGGGCUCACCAAUUCCUUUAGGGUUUGUCAGUCACCAUCAGAAGUUGUACAAAAUCAGGUUGUGAACAUCAAUCCCACGCUGUCUACCUCAAAGCCGGAAGAAAUAUCUGAAAAGAUUGCGUUGAUUUUGAGCCCCUAG